CAGGAAACAUCAUUUGUUGGCUGCUCUGGUCUUCAUCCCAGUCUUUGUUCUGAGGGCUGCGGGGAGGACAAAGUCUGAGCCUCAUGAAGAAGGGCCCAGGGAAUCAGAUUGCCUGCUGCUCCUUCCUGGACGAAACUCACUGCUCUCCAUGGCUCAUCAGGAACCCAAGGGGCCUGAUGUCUACCAGGAGAAUUUUGAGCCCACAUCCUACCUGGACUAUUACAAGAUGAACCAGGAUCCCAUUGGUGACGAAGUCCUCCAUUUCCUGCUAAAACACUACAACGCUACUUUUAAACCAGAAUACUCCUAUUCUAAAACAGGUGGGCUGGAAGGAAAACUUCUGGUUGACAUUGGCUCUGGGUCCACCAUCUACCAGUUCCUCUCUGCCUGUGAGUCUUCCCAAGAGAUCAUCGCCACUGACUACACAGACAAGAACCUCCAGGAGCUGGAGAAGUGGCUGAAGAAGAUGCCAGGGCUGUUUGACUGGUCUCCAGUGGUGAAAUACGUGUGUGAGCUUGAGGGGAACAGAACUGGCAGCCUGCUGCUCUGGGAGCCCGGCCGGCAGGCAGAGAAUGGCCGGGAGUGGCGGGAGUGGUCCGCGUGAUGAGCGUGACCCAGCCGGCCUC